AUGUUGUUGUUGCAGUUCCGGAGCAGCCUGGACUUCAACUCAACAGCUUCAACCAAGCUUGCGCGCUGGAACCACACCACACACGACGAUUGUUGUGUUUGGCCUGGGGUGGAAUGUGACACCUCAGGUCAUGUCAUCACCUUGAUUCUCGACAGUGAAAGCAUUACAGAUGGCAUUCACAAUUCAAGCGCUCUAUUCAGUCUUCAAUACCUUGAGACCCUAAAUUUGGCUUUCAACUCCUUCAAUUUAAAUCCACUUCCAAUUCAGAUCUUUAACCUUACCAACUUGACGUAUCUGAAUUUGUCAAAUGCUGGUUUUCAAGGGCAGAUCCCGAAUGGAAUAUCAAGACUCACAAGGUUGGUAACUCUUGACCUCUCAAUGAAUUCGGAACUUGAGAUUCCAAAUCUAAACCAAUUCUUUGACAACUCGACUCAACUUAGACAACUUUAUCUUGACGAUGUUGAUCUUUCCAGUACAGUAGUAGUUCCAAAAUUCUUAGCCAAUUUCUCUAACCUCAACACUUUGAGCCUCAGUUUUUGUAAUCUACAGGGAUCAUUUCCUAGAGAGAUAUUUCUGAUACAUGGUUUACAGGAAUUGAGUUUGGAAAACAAUGGUGGUCUUAGUGGCGGUUUCCCAUCAUUUCCUGAGAAUGGAUCACUUAGGAUCAUCUCAGUAGCUUACACUCAAUUUUCUGGUUCAUUGCCACCAUCCAUUAGUAAUCUUAGCAACUUGUCUAGGAUCGACCUCUCCGACUGCAAUUUCAGUGGAUCAAUUCCCUCUACCAUGGCACAACUUACGAGUCUCACUUAUGUGGAUUUCUCGUCUAACAACUUCAUUGGCUCAAUCCCAAAUUUUUCAUUGUCAAAGAACCUUACUAGCAUAGAUUUUUCUUUUAAUGGCCUCACAGGUCCACUUUCUUCUAAAUAUUUUGGCCUUUCAAAAAUUGUGUCCAUAAAUUUAGGGUCAAAUUUACUCUCUGGAAGAAUUCCCCCAUCUCUGUUUUCACUUCCGUCAUUGCAGGAGCUAUAUCUUUACAACAAUUCAUUUGAUGGUGUUGUUGAUGAAUAUGCGAAUGUAUCUACCACACAAUUGCAAAGUCUCGAUUUGAGUUUCAAUCGUCUAAAUGGAUCUUUUCCAGAGUACUUGUUUGAAUUUCCAAUGUUGAGUGAGUUGUUUCUUUCUUCCAACUUCUUAGGUGGGAAGAUACCAUUAUCUAUGUUUUUUCUUCCAUCAUUGUCGAUUCUAGAUCUAUCCGAUAAUUCAUUUGAUGGCCUUGUUGAUGAAUACGUGAAUGUAUCUACCACACAAUUGGAAAAACUCCUUUUGAGUUCUAAUCGUCUAAGUGGGUCAUUUCCAAAGUACUUCUUUGAAUUUCCAAAGUUGAAUGAGUUGCAACUUUCUUCCAACUCCUUAGGUGGGAAGAUACAAUCAUCUUUGUUUUCACUUCCAUCAUUGUUGUAUCUAUAUCUUUCCAACAAUUCAUUUGAUGGUGUUGGUGAUGAAUAUGUCAAUGUAUCUACCUCACAAUUGGAAAGAAUUGAUUUGAGUUCUAAUCGUCUAAAUGGGUCUUUUCCAGAGUACUUCUUUAAAUUUCCAAAGUUGAGUGACUUAGAUCUUUCUUCCAACUCCUUAGGUGGGAAGAUACAAUCAUCUUUGUUUUCACUUCCAUCAUUGUUGUAUCUAGAUCUUUCCAACAAUUCAUUUGAUGGUCUUAUUGAUGGAUAUGUGAAUGCAUCUACCUCACAAUUGGAAGCACUCGAUUUGAGUUCUAAUCGUCUAAGUGGGUCAUUUCCAAAGUACUUCUUUGUAUUUCCAAAGUUGAGGGACUUGGAUCUUUCUUCCAACUCCUUUGGUGGAAUGAUAGAGCUUGAAAGUCUCCAAAAGCUCACCAACCUCGCAGCAUUAGAUUUGUCGAACAAUGACAUUAGAGGGGAAAUACCAUCAUGGAUAUGGGAAUUGGGUAAUGGAACUCUAUAUCAUCUGAAUCUUUCUUGUAAUUUUUUAGAAAGUCUUGAAAAGCCUUAUACAAUUCCAAGCAGUCUUACUGUACUUGACCUGCACUCAAAUCAAUUGCAAGGCCCACUUCCUAUUCCACCUGCCUGUAAUGAUGGUGAUGGACCUCUUCAUCUUGAUUACUCACACAAUUUUUUCAAUGGUUCCAUCCCAUUUGAUCUUGUGAGUUUUGCUAGAAAUGUUUAUUUCUUGUCCCUUGCAAAUAAUAGCUUGACCGGGACAAUUCAUGAAUCUAUAUGCAAUGCUAGGUCUCUAAAAAUACUUGAUCUAUCUGACAAUAAACUGGGUGGCUCACUUCCGUCCUGUCUAUUUAACAGUUUAUACAAUCUUGAAGUAUUAAACCUUGGGAAAAAUCAAAUCCAUGGUAGUAUACCCGAUUCCUUUACAAUUGAUUGUUCUCUGCAAACAUUAGACCUCAUCAGGAAUUCCUUUGAAGGGAAGAUUCCAAAAUCCCUGAUAAAUUGUUCACUAUUGGAAGUUCUAAAUGUUGGGAGCAACAACAUUGUAGAUACCUUCCCAUGCGCAUUGAAGAACUUAUCAAGCCUGCGUGUAUUAGUCUUGCGAUCCAAUUACUUCCACGGUGACCUUCACUGUGUUAAUGCCAAUCAUAUGUGGCCAAAUUUGCAGAUUAUUGAUAUUGCUUCCAAUAAUUUCAGUGGAAAACUCUCCCCAAAGUUCUUAAACUGGAAAAGAAUGAUUAUUGAUGAAGAUACUGCACAAUCGGGAGAAUAUAUCAUGUUUCUCUUCCCGCAGCCAGUUGGACAUGGUGCUCCUGAUGAAUACUAUCAAGAUAUAUAUACGUUAAUGGUAACCUGGAAAGGGAUGGAGAUGGAAAUGAUGAAAGUUCUCGAAGUUUUCACAUUUGUUGAUUUCUCAUGCAAUAAUUUUUAUGGGGUUAUACCGGAAUCCAUUGGGGAUCUCAAUUCACUUUACGUUCUCAACCUAUCACAUAAUGGUCUCACAGGAAAUAUCCCUGAAACAAUCAGUAAUUUGAAAAUGGUUGAAUCAUUGGACCUUUCAGCAAAUCAGCUAGGUGGAGAAAUCCCGACACAGCUAGCAAAACUCACAUUCCUUUCAGUCAUGAAUUUAUCAUUCAAUAGACUUUCUGGUAUGAUUCCAACAGGCAAUCAACUUAAUACAUUUGGACCAGAUUCUUACCUAGGCAAUCAAGAAUUGUGUGGUUUUCCUCUCUCAAAAUGUUGCAAAUCACCAAAAACUUCCAAUGGCGGCCGAUCUGAGAUAGAAUUUGAUGGUGGCUCCUCUGAGAUCAAAUGGGAAUACGUAACUUCUGCUUUGGGAUUCGUUGUGGGUUUAGGGGCGUACCUGUGGAUGCUUUUGCAUAACAAGAGAUGCAGGGAAGCAUACCAACAACUUGACGAAGUUUUAAUACGGCUAUUCGGUCCCCGACAAUGCCGAAGAAAAUCUCCAGGACUAAGACGCAGAGCUCGCAGGAACUAAUUAUGAUAACUCUAAGCUUCAACCUUCAGGUAUGAAUGCUGAGAUCAGUGAUUAUGAUGAUGAUACCUCUUAUCGCGUGCAUCUUUUUGUUGUUGUUGUUGUUGUCGUUGUUGUUGGUAUGUGUGUUACCAACUGGAUAAUAUUUAAGUGUAAUAACUUUUGAAGGUA